GCGAGGCCGGGGGUGGAGAGCGGCCGGGCGGGACAUCCGGCCCGGGUCCCUCGCCGCGCCCGCCGCCCGCCGCCCGCCGCCCGCUUCGGCGCCGCAGCCCGGGAGCCGGCCACCCCUACACGAGCCAGGGCUGUCCCCUGCCCUCCCCUCCCCAACUCCCUCCGGGCCCAGACCCUCCUCCCGCCCCAAGCCCGAGCCCGCCUCCCAGGCCGCCCUCGGAUCGGCCGGGCCCGCGCAGGUCCCCAUCCCGGGAGCACCAUGUUCCCCCGCCCGCUGACCCCGCUGGCGGCCCCAAAUGGCGCCGAGCCCCUGGGCCGGGCGCUGAGGCGGGCCCCUCUGGGCAGGGCCCGGGCGGGGCUGGGGGGGCCUCCCCUGCUGCUACCGUCCAUGCUGAUGUUCGCGGUGAUUGUGGCCUCCAGCGGGCUGCUGCUCAUGAUCGAGCGGGGCAUUCUGGCCGAGAUGAAGCCCCUGCCCCUGCACCCGCCCGGCCGCGAGGGCGCAGCCUGGCGCGGGAAAGCCCCCAAGCCUGGGGGCCUGUCCCUGAGGGCUGGGGACGCGGACUUGCAAGUGCGGCAGGACGUCCGGAACAGGACCCUGCGGGCGGUGUGCGGACAGCCAGGCAUGCCCCGGGACCCCUGGGACUUGCCGGUGGGGCAGCGGCGCACCCUGCUGCGCCACAUCCUCGUAAGUGACCGUUACCGCUUCCUCUACUGCUACGUCCCCAAGGUGGCCUGCUCUAACUGGAAGCGGGUGAUGAAGGUGCUGGCGGGCGUCCUGGACAGCGUGGACGUCCGCCUCAAGAUGGACCACCGCAGUGACCUGGUGUUCCUGGCAGACCUGCGGCCUGAAGAGAUUCGCUACCGCCUGCAGCACUACUUUAAGUUCCUGUUUGUGCGGGACCCCUUGGAACGCCUCCUCUCUGCCUACCGCAACAAGUUUGGCGAGAUCCGAGAGUACCAACAACGCUAUGGGGCUGAGAUAGUGAGGCGGUACAGGGCUGGAGCGGGGCCCAGCCCUGCAGGCGACGAUGUCACAUUCCCCGAGUUUCUGAGAUACCUGGUGGACGAGGACCCUGAGCGCAUGAAUGAGCAUUGGAUGCCCGUGUACCACCUGUGCCAGCCUUGUGCCGUGCACUAUGACUUUGUGGGCUCCUAUGAGAGGCUGGAGGCUGAUGCCAAUCAGGUGCUGGAGUGGGUACGGGCACCACCCCACGUCCGAUUUCCAGCUCGCCAGGCCUGGUACCGGCCAGCCAGCCCCGAAAGCCUGCAUUACCACUUGUGCAGUGCCCCCCGGGCCCUGCUGCAGGAUGUGCUGCCUAAGUAUAUUCUGGACUUCUCCCUCUUUGCCUACCCACUGCCUAAUGUCACCAAGGAGGCGUGUCAGCAGUGACCGUGGGUGUGGGGCCAGCAGCUGGUGGGGACUGGUUUCAACGCCAGCUUCCUGUGCUUCUGCCUGUCAUUCAGAGAAACUCUGGCUCUGGGGCUUGGGGCUUCUCAGGAUCCUGGAUGGCAGAGACUGCCCUCAGAAGUUCCUUGUCCAGGGUGGGUACCCACAGUGACUCAGAGGACAGGGCUAGGCAGGAGACCUGCUGCUCCUCAUUGGGCGGAUCUCUUGGGGGGCAGACACCAGUUUGCCAAUGAAGCAACAUAUCUGAUCUAAAGAUGCUCCAGACCCCAGGCUGCCAGGAUUAUGCAGUCCCCUUGGUCUACCUUAAUUUAACCUGUGGCCAAACUCAGAGAUGGUACCAGCCAGGGGCAAGCAUGACCAGAGCCAGGGACCCUGUGGCUCUGAUCUCCCAUUUAUCCACCCCAUGUGCCUCAGGACUAGAGUGAGCAAUCAUACCUUAUAAAUGACUUUUGUGCCUUUCUGCUCCAGUCUCAAAAUUUCCUACACCUGCCAGUACUUUCCAUUUCUCCAAGGAAAGGAAAACCGAAGCAGGGUCCUUGCCUGGUAGCUCCAGGACCCAGCUCUGCAGGCACUCAAAGACCCCCUGUGCCCAGCCUCUUCCUUGAGUUCUCAGAACCUCCUCCCUAAUUCUCCCUUCCUUCCCCACAAGGCCUUUGAGGUUGUGACUGUGGCUGGUAUAUCUGGCUGCCAUUUUUCUGAUGCAUCUAUUUAAAAUUUGUACUUUUUGAUAGAACCCUUGUAAGGGCUUUGUUUUCCUAAUAGCUGACUUUUUAAUAAAGCAGUUUUAUAUAUAA